AUGGAAGGACAGGAUGCAGAGAUUGCUGAAAGUGUAUUGAAUCAGCUACAACCGAAUCCUAGUCCGGCUCACACUCCAGAGGGAAGCCACGGAGAUCUUACUUUGAAGAGGCUAGAGAAAGGUGGAGGCGUCAAGCGGCAUCAACCCCCCGCAGCAGUGAAGGAGAGUAGUGGUCCCUUAGCACCAUACCCUCGUGACAGGUCCUCGUCAGCUCCAAACAUCAACGCCAUCAACGAUGAACUAGUUUUAGAGCACAAUGUAAGUAUUUUCAAUUCGUUCUUGUAGAA